CCUGAGAAGACAGACUUGGGGGGUCAUGCAGGAGAGCAGAGGGGUGACCUUCUCUGCUGUGACCUCUUCUUUAAGUCUCUAGUGACACAGCCCAUCACUUCUCCACCACCACCACCACCACCAGAACAUGCCUGGGUGAACUCUCUGUGUGGCUCUCUCCUGUGGCCUCCUUAGUCCCAUCCGUCCAGCGAGACACUAUGCAACCCCAGCGCCAUCACCUUCCAGGCCUCUGCCUCCUGCUUCUCUCCUGGUUCCUGCUCCACCUCACAGCAGUCGAAGCUGGACGUCCAGGGGUGACCUGCCCCGCCGCCUGCUUGUGCGCCAGCAACAUCCUGAGCUGCUCCAAGCAGCAGCUGCCCAACGUCCCCCAGGCCCUGCCCAGCUACACGGCGCUUCUGGACCUCAGCCACAACAACCUGAGCCGCCUGCGGGCCGAGUGGACCCCCAUCCGGCUCCCCCACCUGCACUCGCUGCUGCUGAGCCACAACCACCUGCACUUCAUCUCCUCCGAGGCCUUCACCCCCGUCCCCAACCUCCGCUACCUGGAUCUGUCCUCCAACCAGUUGAGGACGCUGGAUGAGUUCCUAUUCAGCGAGCUCCAGUCCUUGGAGGUUCUGCUGCUCUACAACAACCACAUCAUGGCAGUGGACCGCUGCGCCUUCGACGACGUGGGCCAGUUGCAGAAACUCUACUUGAGCCAGAACCAGAUCACCCGCUUCCCUCUGGAGCUGGUCAAGAAAGGAGCCAAGUUCCCCAAACUUACCCUCCUGGAUCUCUCCUCCAACAAGCUCAACAACUUACCCCUGCCUGAACUGCAGAAGCUGCCCGCGUGGAUCAAGAACGGGCUGUACCUGCACAACAACCCCCUCACGUGCGACUGUGAGCUCUACCAGCUCUUUUCCCACUGGCAGUACCGGCAGCUGAGCUCCGUGCUGGACUUCCAGGAAGACCUGUACUGCAUGAAAUUCAAGAAGCUCCACAACGUCUUCAACCUGGACUUCCUCAACUGCAGCGAGUACAAGGAGCGUGCCUGGGAGGUCCACCUGGGCGACACCUUUUCCAUCAAGUGUGACACCAAACAGCAGGGCAUGACCAAGGUGUGGGUCGCACCGAACAGCGAGCGGGUGCCGGACAAGGCGGCCAAUAGUUCUGUGACCGUUGAGAACGGCAGCCUUCACUUCCAUCAGGUGCAGGUGGAAGAUGGGGGUGUGUACACCUGCUAUGCCAUGGGGGAAGCUUUCAACGAGACAUUGUCCGUGGAGCUAAAAGUGUACAAUUUCACUCUGCAUGGGCAUCACGACACCUUCAACACCGCCUAUACAACCCUGGUGGGCUGUAUCCUCAGCGUGGUCCUGGUCCUCAUAUACCUGUACCUCACCCCUUGCCGCUGCUGGUGCCGGGGUGUGGAGAAGCCUUCCAGCCAUCAAGGGGACAGUCUCAGCUCUUCCAUGCUCAGUACCACACCCAACCACGAGCCCGUGGCUGUCGAGGAAAAGGAUGAUGGCUUUGAUCGGCGGGUGGCCUUCCUGGAACCUGCUGGACCCGGCCAGGGUCAGAAUGGCAAGCUCAAGCCGGGCAACACCCUGCCUGUGCCUGAGGCAGCCGGCAAGGGCCAGCGGCGGCUGUCGGAUCCCGAGUCCGUUAGCUCGGUCUUCUCUGAUACACCCAUUGUGGUGUGAGCAGGGUGCGUUGGUGGGGAGCUUGUACCCCCAGAGAGGUGAUGCACUCAGAAGGCUCUGAGGGGAUGGAAGAGAGGGCUGACUGCCUCCAAGGGGUGGGUUCCCCAGCCUGGAGGGAAUGGGUCACCAAUAUAACCGCAGGCAAGACCCCAGCCAAGAUGUGGCUGUCCCAUUUUUCCAAGGCUGGUGGAUGAAUGUCAGGUGAAAGCGAUACUCCUCCCUGAGGCCUGACAGUCUUGCUUGAGUGGGAGAGGGAGUGCCUGUGUUGGGGAGGCAAAAGGAAGAGUGGAAUCCCUCAACUUUUUCAAGGUCAUUUCUAGCUUCUUCAGAGAAAAUCAUUCGGGGGCACCAUUUUUUUCAUUCCAUCUUGGCUCACCCACACCUAUAUUAUUGUGCAUGUUGGAGAGAGCUCCCUACAGCAGGCAGAAGCUAUGGAGGGGGUGGUCUUCUUGGCCAAGAAGUCAUAUGUCACAGCAGGGAAAAUGGGAACCUUGGGAAAAUAAGUCAGGGAGAGGGUAAGGGUGAGAUGUUAACCAGAAAACUCACCACAGCUGGGGUACAGCUUCCCACUUCUUCCUUCCUCCUUCCCAGUGAGCUGGGUAGAUCUGGGUGGGAGCUCGGCCUCUGUUGGUCGAUAUGGCAACAGUGUGAGAUGGCGGGGCCAAUCGACUUUGGCCCAGAGAAUAGCUUUGCUGAGGAUAACAGUAUGAACUAGGGUCCACAUCCCAGCACGAAGACAUAUAGGUGAGGGGCAACCUUAAACAGGCCGAUUCCCUGGCUGCUGACACCCAUGGUGUGUCAGGUGUGGCCACUGAAGGCAGAGAGAGUGUUGGGGCCUUCUGCCACAGAUGUGAGGGGUGAAGCUGCCUCCCACCAGGAUGGGCAACUGCCUCUAUUAUGUAGCACCCACUCGGACCAACCUUAUUUUUGGGGGAUGCCCUCUCUUCCACGUUCUUAUCGUGCCUGGUGGGGUUUGCAGUUUUACCUAAUUUGCUGCCCUACAACAGUAGGAGUUGCUGAAAAAUCUGGUCCCCCACUGUGUGAGAUUGGGCUUGGCCUGGGGAGCAACCCCUGUGCAAUCUCCUUAGCUCCAAAGAAUCUCACUUUUGCACCAGGCCAAAGCCUGGGACAUCACCAGAAGGUUGGGAUGGAGUCGUCAUCACUUCACCCUUCCCCACAUCCCCAAUCCUUGAGAAGUUUGGAGGGUGACUGAGUUCUCUUUCCUCUCCACACAGUCCAUGUAGCACUUACCUAGAGGCAUGAGGACAGCAUCAGCCACCACUGUCCCUCAGCCAGACUGGUUGAGUUCCACAUUCUGGUGGUGAGGGCAGAGGAACUUAAGAACAGGCCCAUGCCCCAUCCCAUCCAGGAUCUAGGAAUAUUGGGGAGCAGAGAUCACAGUUCUUUCUAUGCAAGCCUGGCAGAUGGUCCCUUAGAGUUUAGGCUUGGGCACUGGGCAGGGCAGAUGUGAAAGUGUCUUCCGAUGUGGGUCUUUCAUGGAGUCUUCUCCUGUCUCCCUGGGUUCCCUUUCUACUGGGCUUGUCCAAAUCUUGUUUCUUCACCUGGCCUUUAGGGUCCAACAAACAUCACGUUCCUGUGGGUGCAGAUGCAGGCUGGGACUGACCCUCCCUGCUGCUUAGUGGGAAGGGCUGCUCGUCCUUGGGUAGGGAACUGCCUGUGUGGAGUGAGCUAGCCAUGGGCCCCCCUAUGCCCUUCCUCCAGUCCCUGCAUGCUCACAGGUGUGCAUGCUCGCACUCAGGUAUGCAUUUUGAGGCGGACAUGCACAUCUGCACCUGCCUUCCAUUGAUAUGCUGCAUCCUACCUCUGCUGAUUUCCACCACUCAGAAUGGCCUCUCUUUGUGUGCAGCUCAUACCCACAAGUUUCUUUCCUGUAGGAGAGACAGUGACCAUGCCAGGCUCCCCCAUUACAGCUAGUGUU